AUGGUAUCAGUUUUGAAUCCCAGAACUACAGAGUUCGAAUUUGGCGGGCUCAUCGGUGCCUUAGGCAUCAGCAUAGGACUGCCUGUUUUUACCAUUAUCUUAAAUCAAAUGAUUAGGCCCGAUUAUUUUAUUAAGGGUAUAUUCCAGAAUUUUGAUAUAGUUGAGCUUUGGAAAGGUAUUAAGCCUUUGCGUUACUAUCUUGGCAAUUGCGAGUUAUGGACCGUGUAUUGCAUGUGGUAUGGAAUUUUGGCUGUUUUGGACGUCAUUUUGCCUGGCAGAGUCAUGAAGGGUGUCCAGUUGAGAGACGGCUCGAAGCUCUCGUAUAAGAUCAAUGGGAUUGCUAUGUCUACGACUUUGGUCUUAGUUUUGGCCAUAAGAUGGAAGUUAACUGAUGGUCAAUUACCUGAGUUGCAAUACCUAUAUGAAAAUCACGUUAGUUUAUGCAUAAUAUCCAUUUUGUUUUCGUUUUAUUUGGCCACAUAUUGCUACAUUGCCAGUUUCGUACCAUUGAUCUUUAAGAAGAAUGGUAAUGGUCAAAGGGAAAAGAUCUUGGCACAAGGUGGGAAUUCAGGGAACAUUAUUUACGACUGGUUUAUUGGUAGAGAGCUAAACCCUCGUUUGGGCCCAUUGGAUAUCAAGAUGUUUUCAGAAUUAAGACCCGGCAUGUUGUUAUGGUUACUAAUCAAUCUUUCCUGCCUGCAUCACCAUUUUCUGAAGACUGGUAAAAUCAACGAUGCAUUGGUCCUGGUCAAUUUCUUGCAAGGAUUUUACAUUUUUGACGGAGUGUUAAAUGAAGAGGGUGUGCUAACCAUGAUGGAUAUUACCACCGACGGGUUUGGUUUCAUGUUAGCGUUUGGUGAUUUGAGUUUAGUUCCAUUUACAUACUCCCUACAGGCCCGUUAUUUGAGCGUUUCGCCCGUGGAAUUGGGGUGGGUGAAAGUGGUGGGUAUAUUAGCAAUAAUGUUUUCAGGAUUUUACAUCUUCCAUUCGGCAAACAAGCAAAAAUCUGAGUUCAGACAGGGCAAAUUGGAAAAUUUAAAAAGCAUCCAAACAAAACGUGGUACGAAACUAUUAUGCGACGGAUGGUGGGCCAAAUCGCAGCAUAUCAACUAUUUCGGUGACUGGUUGAUUUCGCUAAGUUGGUGUUUGGCCACGUGGUUUCAAACUCCGUUGACGUACUACUACUCGUUGUAUUUUGCCACUUUGUUACUACAUCGUCAACAGCGUGACGAGCACAAGUGUAGGAUGAAAUACGGGGAAAAUUGGGAAGAAUACGAAAGAAAAGUUCCUUACAAGAUCAUUCCCUAUGUUUAUUAA